AUGCAAUUUAAACAUUAUUCAAUUUGCAUAAAAUCUUGGUCUAAUUAUUUGGCAAUUACUUUCUUAACAGUCUUUGAACAACAAUUUACAUUGAAGAUGAAAAUACAAGAAUCUCAUUCAAAAAGAAAAAAAGAUGACACAAAUGAUGUGGUUAAAAUUACUAAAGAGCCAAAAACUAAACGUAAAAAAGUUAUUAAAAAUGAAAAAAAUUUAAAAGUUGAUCCAAGCCAACAAGGAAUUAAUGCUUCAUUUUCAGCUGUUCUAAAUAAACUUCUCAUAAAUCAACCUCUAAAUAAAAAUUUUAAAAUACCUACAAAGACUUGUGGAAGAACAUUUGGAAAUGAUUUAAAGAACAUUAAUUGUGGUAGAAACUUACUGGAAACAAACAAACCAAGCAAUAGUAAAAAGGAAAUUAACAAGUCAAAAUGUCCUAUUGUCACAUCAACUCCUAUCAUCAUGCUGGAGGAUCUAAAUUUGAUUAUUAAUAACGAUAUCCGGAAUAGUUCCAUAACAGUUGACACCUUAGAUCUCAAUGAUUGCGAGAAAGAACAUGAACACAGUUUUUCAAAUGGCAUUUCAAACUGUGUUAAUGUCAUUCCUAUAUUGUCUCCUGUCCUCUCUCAAGCACAGCUAGACAACAAAUCGAAAGUUGAUAAAGGUAAACAGAAAUGUAGGAAGCUUAAAAAAAAAGUUAGUGACAUCAUGCAACAACAUCUCUCCAUCAUAGAAUCAACUAAAGUGUCUGAUACCGAAAACCUUAAGGAAUCAAAAAACCUACAACAAGUUAAUGGUGUGGUUGGGAUGAACCCAUGCGACAAAAUAAAAUCAUCUGAGUUUAUUAAAGGGUCAAAAAUUAGAAACAGGCCAGAAUCAAAACACCAGAAACAAGUAUCUGAUGCCGAUAAAAUGACCUCAUGCAAUAAAUUGAAAUCAUCAGAGGAAGAAAAAAAUGAAAAUGGCAGUUUCAGAUUGUUUGAAAUGGAUCGGUCAGAUGUAAACACCCAGCAGAAAUAUUCAAAAAAGAAAGCAGUAAAGAAAACAGUAAAAGCUUCAAAUGCAACAGAACACACUGAAUGCUUUUCUGAUAAUCAUAAAGCAAGAAAAAUAAUCAAGAAAGCAGUUGGAGAUGCAAAAAAGAGGGAACACAAACUGGUUGGUUUUAUACUUUGGGGUCGUCCAUUUAUCAUGUCCAUAUGCUCGCACGAAAAGAACUGUAAAAAAUUGGUAAAGAAUGCCAUUGAAACAAAAGGUACAUUAAUGUGUGUCAAGUCAAAUAAAACUGAGUAG